ACUUCAGGAAGAAGUUGGAAUACACAACAGACUUCAUUGAGGAGCCAGCAGUGGAUAGGGUAAAGACCUUUAAGUUCCUGGGCAUCAACAUCUCAAAGGAUCUAUCUUAGGCCCAAUCAUGAAGAAAACGUACCCUCAGUUCUACUUCAUUAGAAAUUUGAGUUACCAAAUAUGCAAAUUUCUACAGAUUCUGACCAUUGCAGCAUCACCUGGUGUUGAAUCUGCAAUGUGGAGAUCAAAAGAGGCUGCGGAGUGUUAUAGAGUCAUCCAGCUCCAUCAGGGCACAACACUCCUUUCCUCUGAGGAUAUCUUAAAAAGACAGUGCCUCAGGAAGGUAGCAUUUGUGAUUGAGGGCCCUUGCCAUCUGGGGCAUGCCUUCUCGUUAUUACCUUUAGGGAGGAGGUGCAGGAGCCUGAAGACCCACACUCAAUAUUUUAGGAAUAGCUCUUUCCCCUCUACCAUCAGAUUUCUGAAAGGUCUCUGAACCCAACGUACCCACCCCACUAUUCCUCUUACAUACCAUUUGCUUUUUUUGAUAACUUAUAGUAAGUUUUAGGUCUGACACAAAACAACAAAUGUCAUGAUAUAUCUUUUGAUAAGGUCCACCCAGGUAAUGAAAGAGCAAGAAAAACACAUUGGACUGAAGCCAAGAACUACCUCACUGAGGAAUUGCUAUGUAGAUAUUAAACUAAUGAUAAAAAUACAUUUGAUUCCUUUGGAUAGUAUUGUGAAUCCUGUUCUAUAACUUGGAGAUAAAUCACAAGAGAUCUGUCUCUCAAAAAGGUCAUGACUGUAUUAAUUUAUAGAGCGCAUCAAAAACUGUUGAAGACUGGGGCUUGGAUUGAAAUUGACAGGUAGAAAAUUCCACACAAGAUGUAAAACAAAGCAAAGCUCCCAAGUUAUUGAUACUGCACCAUUUCACUGACAGUAUUCAGAAAAAGUAUGUUUCUCAGAGAAGGUAUAUUUCCAUUGUCUACUGUUACUUUCAUGUUAUUUACUGAACACGGAAAGGGUGGCAGCGCUUCUCUGCUGGGAAUUACCGGUAUAGAAAAAUAAAAAUUAUGACAGAGAAAUCAUUUACUUUCUUAAUGACUGACACACCACAUCAAUAUGCUACUUUAGGGCAGACCAUCCCAGAAAUUGGAUUGGAAACAUCAUAGAUUCAUAUGAAAUCUCUGCAAUAAUGGGUGUAAACAUCUAGUUCAGUAUGUCACUGUGAAACGGAUUGUUGGUGAGAGGGUACAGUUUUCACAUUACGUUUCAUGAGGAGCCGACGGGUUUUCUGACCGAGAGGAAUCCUGGCCAGCAGGGGUACCGCCCAUUCCCUGACGUCGUGAGCAACAGGUGCAGGAAUGUUCCUAGGUUCGGGGUGAAGCAGAAAGGACCGUGCAGGAUGUGAUCUCUUUGAAAGUGCCUCUUUAAGAUGGAAUGCUGGCUGUUCGCUGCUUGUAUUCUUCUUGCGACGUCUAUCGGGACCUCUGGCUUUGGUCCCAAGAAUGUCACCAGCUGGUACCGUGGAUGCUAUAAUUAUGUAAAUUCAGCCCCUUUAAAGGCAAUGUUUCAGACAUCAAAAUUGAUUGAACCUGCUAUAUGCGCAAAAUAUUGUCUUCAGGAAAGAUUUGAUUUAACUCUGCUUUUAAGUGAGACUGACUGUUUCUGCACUAAUGAAUCCAAAGCACUCUGGACCUUAAGUAGCUACAAUUCUGUUGUCAGCAAUGAUAAUUUGUUGAAUGGAAGAAGCAACCUCACCACAAGAGAUAAUUCCUCCUUCAGCACAGGAUGCAUAAGCAGAUGCACCGGCUUCGUUUGCUUGUCAUAUGGAGAUGGAGGAAGUAAAAUGGCUGUCUAUCAAACAGUUGGACCAUACAUAAGGAACCUUAGUCUCACACUAAUUGCAGAUCAAGUACAAACAAAGAAACCAUUCAUGCUGGAAGUUUGUGGAUAUUUGGCUGGUCCUGCAAUCAGUACAGGAACACAGAAUGGAGUCGAUCUAUCUUAUGUGCGAAUUGAAGUUCAUUGGGACCACAUAGAUUAUAGCAGCCUGAAUGUUACUGUAAUCUCCAGUGGAUUUUUUUCAACAUCUCCUGUUUGGAUCUAUACUGAACCUGGAAAAUAUUUGAUAACUGUAUUUGCAGACAAUCAUAUCUCCAGGGAAGAGAAAACUGUCAGCGUUGUGGUUCUGAAUCCUGCACCCACUGCUCUUGAGGUGAAGCUUGUACAAGUAUCUGAGCAGAUUCCAUCCUGUAUUCCAUUUGAUGUUGAGGACAUCGGUCCACUGGAGAAGGCUUUUCUUGGAGUUGCCUAUAAUUUUGAGGCCUUUGUUGCAAUGGGGAUUGAUUUGACUUUUUAUUGGCACUUCAGUGAUGACAACAGUACAUAUUCGUCAAACAACCUGAAGAACUGCAGUGGACUUCAGCAACUGGGUUGUCUUUUGGAUACGGUGAGUCACGCAUUUCAGUACGAAGGGGUCUAUCAAGUGACAGUCAAUGUGUCAAACAUGUAUGACUGGAUCCAGAAAACAAUUUAUGUGGCUGUUGUAAAGGAAUCAAUCUCUCAUCUGACAUUUAAGCCAAAAAAUGGUUAUAAUAUUGCUGUUGGUGAGAACCUGACACUGGAAUUGGAACUGUUCACCACAAUUCGCCAGUUAUUAGUCUUUGACAUUACAUUCGAAACAGGAAUGACUCAUCAUCACACACUGAGCGACCAUUCACCAGCACUUGAAAGACGUUCUCAUCUGCAACUAAUGGAAGACUACGGCCUCCAAAACUGCACCUUGCGCAUUCAAAUUUUUCAUACAUACAGAUUUGUUGGUGUUUUCAACAUUUCAAUUGGCCUGUAUAAUGGAAUGGAUGUUGUCAAUGCAACAUUGGCAGAGCUCCUCCACGUCUAUGAACGCAUAACUAAAGUUGAUUUACUUCUUGGGGAUCGAGUAUUACCUUCAAGAACAAAUCUUACCUUUAGGAUUGCAAAUGUUAUCAAUAAAACAGGCAUGUUGUAUCUUUGGACUAUCCAAAAAGAUAACAGUACAUUAAUAAUGAGAAAAACUACUGAAUGCUUUCUCCAGCACUUAUUUGAAGCAGCAGGUAUCUACAUCUUAAAGGUGACAGCUUCUAAUCCAGUCAGCAGUGCAUCAUUGAGUAUCAGCAUCGAAGUCCAAGAUGCAAUUGAAGGCCUUUCUUUGACCAGUUCCAGUCCCAGAUAUUUAGUGACUGGCUCCACAAUCAUUCUUCAUGCUCAUGUAGUUCGUGGAACCAACAUAACAUACACAUGGAAAUUUAGCUCUAAUUCUACACCUGUACAAACAAAUACACCUCUUAUGAUGUAUACAUACUCUAAACCUGGAAUUUACUUAGCCAGUGUAACAGGAAGAAACAAGAUAAGUGAAAUAACGGGGACUGCCAUUCAAUUUACAGUGCAAGAUCUUGUAGGAGAUAUAACAACUAGCAUUCCCAACAUAAUCACAGUCAACCAAACAGUAAUCAUCUCUAUCUGUGUGACCUCUGGUACAGACCUGACUAUUGAAAUACAAGUAAAUGGCUCUACUAUGAUUUGUAACAGUUUUGUAGCAGAUCGUUCACUGGAUUUGCCACUUACCUUCAAUCAAACUGGGCAGUUGCAGCUGUUGAUUCAGGUUACAAACCUAAUCUCUUCAAACAAUGUCACAUUAACCAUUUUGGUUAUGAAAGAAAUUCAUAUUGUUUCUAUAGAAAUGCAGCAGCAACCCACUGUGGAAGAAGAUAUUAUUCUUACUGCAAAAGUUAAUGAAUACCUGUGGAGAAAUAGAGCCUACAUAUACAAGUGGACCCUGUUUGACAAUGAGACAGUGACAACUGGAAGUCCGGUUAUAACGUACAGGUGUAGAAAAGCUGGGCAUCAGAAGAUUGAAUUAUUUGUUUCCAAUUUGGCAUCAGAGACUUCAACUGAGAUUGUCCUAAAUGUGUCCCAUUUGUCUCAUGGUCCUCGGCUCAUUCAUUCGGCUAAUAUGGCAGCUGGACAGACUGUGACCUAUGAAUUCAAGAACAUUUCUUGGGACAUGGAGGAAGUUGUAAUCCAGUUUGGUGAUGGGAACACAACAAAUAUUUCAACUUCCAAUAGCAGUAGUUUCAGCAUCAAUCACACUUACUCAUUUGCUGGAAUAUACAGCAUUAGUGCCUUCUUCAGUAAGAAUAUUAUUACACUGUCUUCAACCAUUGUAAUUCAGGAUGUUAUUGAAGGCCUUCAUCUUACUGGUCCAAAAGCCCUGAGCCUAUCUACAAGCCCACUUCAACCUUCUGUUGCAAAAUGGACUGCAAAACUUUCAAAUGGAUCAAACUACAUCUUUACGUGGCUGCAUUCAGAUGGUAAAAUAAACCAUACUGUCAUCGGCCCUAGCCAGUUAAUUAUGACGAUCAACUCAACUGGUUUAAUAACUGUGGAGGUUGAGGCACAUAAUGAAGUGAGUCAUGCUAGAGCCCACAUGACCACAGUGGCUCAGUAUCCAGUCCUGAGCAUUGCUGUUACUGUGGCUCGGGUAGCUCUGUACAAGGCCAGUAACAUUGUGUUGAAAUUAAAGCCCAAACAAGACUACAUCAUUUCAGUAGAUUACGGUGAUGGAACAAAUCAACUUCUUGAAUCAAAACAACUUAACUUCCAAACCAGUUGCUUGGAAAGUGCAUUUUAUUGCUCGAUCUUUGUUUUUCAACAUACGUACAGUGCUGUUGGUCAAUACAUUCUGAAUGCUACAGUAUCUAAUAACAUUAGUAUAAUUGCAUCAGCAGCCAUUGCUGUUGUUGAGGAGCCCAUUACUGGUCUUCAGUUGAUUCUGAAUUCACCAAGUGUGAUCAAGUUUAAAGACUAUAUAAAUGCAACAGCAUCAGUCCAGACAGGAACGGAAGUUGUCUUUCAGUGGAUCAUUUCUGUACCCCACUCCAAUCCCUUCACUCUUACUCAAGGGGGCAAUCUUAACAGUACAAUUAGUUACCAAGCACUUGCAGGAGGCAACUACUAUAUAAAAGUAAUAGUGUCCAGUCCACUCUAUAGCACUCCUUUCAGUCGAUUGCUUCCAGGCAUGGUAAAAGUAAGAACCCCAAUUGUGGGUUUACAAGCAUUGUUCCCCUUUAAUAGCAAUUAUGCUAAGCUUCUGCGGCAGCCAGAUGGUAGCUAUGCGACUCAAAUUCUGGGCUUCAGUGUUCAUACCUUUGCUGAAGAUGUGAAGUUUUCAUUUGACUUUGGAGAUGGUUCACCACUGCUUAUUGUGAGUGGACAGAAGAGUAGUUUUGACGGUACAUCUGCAAAUGGACGUCACAAGUUUACCAAAGAGGGUGUGUUCUACAUCACAGUCUCAACCUUUAAUGAGUUCUACAAUCUUACUAAUGAACUUGGUGCAUAUUAUGUGCAAAUGGUUCCUGAAGGCUUGGUACUCAACUUGAAUUCCAGCGUGAUUCAUAAAAAUGAAAUCAUUCUCUUCAGUGCCUUGCUGAUGCGAGGGACUGAUGUGACAUACAGCUGGAAUAUGGGUGAUCAGACGUCAUAUGUAGAUGAAGGUCCUGUAAUUAAACACAAGUUUUUGUCGGCUGGGAUUUAUAACGUCACAGUAAAUGCAUGGAAUAGAGUGGGAGCGGCCUCAACCUAUGUCACUGUAGCUGUUCUCUACAGGAUGCAACCUGUUUCUGUCUUUACAAACAAGACAAUAUAUGCUACAUAUUCUGACAUCGUAUUCACAGCUAUAACUGCAGAGGAAGACCCACUGCAGUUUGUCUGGUACUUUGGAGACAAGCCGCCAGUGAAAACUACAUCACGCAGCAUAACCACAAGAUACUCAACUCCAGGGAAGUACAAUGUAAUAGUGAAUGCAUCAAACCAGAUUAGUUCAUUCACAUCAAACAUCUUUCCGAUAGAACUGCAGCAGCCUGUUGAGCCGAACAGACUUAGAAUAAACAAUCAAGAUCUUACCUCGGUUCUCUUAAACUCCAGUAUUGCUGUGGAAGUUCGCAUUAACUAUGGGACCAGUCUCACUUACUUGUGGAAUUUUGGUGAUGGUACUGUGAGAAUUGGGAGCAGAAGAGAGUAUCACUGUUAUGAUAGAGAAGGAGAAUUUACAGUUGAAGUAGUCGUCUUUAACAACGUGAGCUCUGCUGUGCUCUCUGGCCAGCUUUUUGUUAUUUCUGAGAAUUGUCAACCUCCUCCAGUUAAAAGCUAUGGGCCAUCCAAAAUAGAGGUUAGAAGAUACCAGUCCUUCAAGCUUGGAGUUACAUUUGAGAGUGAGUUUGUCUGUAAUAUCUCAAGAGGAAUACGAUACAGUUGGUCCUUCUUUACACCAGAGGAUUCGCUGGUCACAUUGGCAGAGGUCGAUGUUAAUAAACAAACUAUAAUCAUUCCGGGCCAUCUGUUGAAUUAUGGAAUCUAUCUUGCAAUUGCGAGGGUACAAAUUGUUGGCAGUGUGGUUUAUAAUAACUACACUGUAUGUGUGGAGAUCCUUGCGACCCCACCAGUAAGUGUGAUUUCAGGUGGCACACAGCUCUUCAUAAAUUACCAGCAAGAGUCUAUGAUCAUUUUGAAUGGGUCAGAAUCAUACGAUCCUGAUUACCCAGGUACUGCAGAGCUCAGGUUUUCUUGGUCAUGUGAAACAGUGAGUAGAUUAGAUAUCCCUUGCUUCAAACAUAAUGCAAGUGAUUCUCUGAAUACAAACUCCAGUACCAUCAAGCUCUCAUUGUCUACACUAAGAACUGAUAUUGACCAGUUUCUCUUCAAGUUAACAGUCAGCAAUAAUAACAGAUAUUCUUCAGAAGCACAAUUGUUUAUAACAGUUAAAAAGGAAGAUAACUUAAGGCUGGUGAAGCUCCUUUGUGUUGAAUGUGUGAAUAAUUCAGUCAAUUGGAAUGAUGCAUUUUCUGUCAAGGCUGUGUGUGAGGAGUGCUCAGAAACUACGGACCUUUCAUAUUCUUGGAAGUUAUUCCUAGUGAAUGCAACAGAAUUGGAAUUUUUUGAAGUUCCCUUCUGUAGACUGGUGAUGGACAACUUGCAUUCAAAUUUAUUUGGCCCCAUUGUGACUGAUGAUUCUCCUGCACUGGAAGCAACUUCCAGCAUACAAACAUCACUAACGACAGCUGUUCACUCCAGCAUUCAAUUUACAACCAGGCAACAAACCAAAGACACUCACAGUACUUCGAUUGGUCCACUUGAUAGAAAUAAUACUGGCAAUGCUACCAGCACUAGCACAGUUUCAGUUUUCCCCUUUACUCCAGUUCAUACCCUGCUGACUAACACAACAAACAGAAUCAGAAGACCUACUACCUUACAGGAUCAAUUCCCUUUUCCGAUUCCUGAAGAGCAGGUAUCUGGUGGAAGGCCUCAGAGAAUUCCCCGAGCUGCUAAGUCAACAAGUUCUUCAUUCAAUAAUGCUUCAGCAGCAGUCAGCAACAACACCAGUAUCAAUAUUAUUGGAACUGCCUUUGGAGAAGGUUCUUCUAACGGAACGGAGAAUACCAUUGAUUCAUCAGAAUAUGAGACGCAUUAUAACACGGUAGAAGGAACCUCUGGUUCUGGUGGGAGACCAGGAUUUCAAGGAGGUGGAUCCAGUGGAAACAAUAUUCACUCAGGAUCCAAUGCAGACUCAAGUGAAGGAUCCAAUUUUGGAUCGGAAAGAGGAGAUGGUGAUGAUGUGCUCCCAGAUGUUCAGCCUCCAUCUCCAUCCAGACCCACUCCCAUGAUCGAGUGGACUAAAAUACGCAUUAAUGACGAGAAGUUUGAAACAUUCACAACCACAGGUAUAAAAUCACAAAUAUUGACAUUUAAACCUUUUGGCCUGCAAAGUAAGAAGGUUUACAUGCUAGAGGUUGUUGUCAGAGGCCAGAAUGAGAAAGGAAAGGCACAACUUUUUCUUUUUACCAACGACAGUCCUCAGGGUUUGACGUGUGAGGUACGACCCAGUAAAGGAUCAGAGGUUCAGACACAUUACAGCAUGUUCUGUACAUCAGGGAGGAAGGAUUUGCAUUAUGAGUAUAGCUAUAGUAUUGGCAAUUCAACUGAAACUCUCCUGUAUGAAGGAAGAGAUCAUGAAUAUUACUUUCAGUUACCUGCUGGAGAACCAACUGAUGGAUACAAGUUGAAAAUCAGUACUGUGAUCACAGAUCUACUUGGAUCCAAAACAAAGCCUUGUUCGGUUACUGCAAUUGUUUUGCCAACUAUUAAAACAAAUGAAGAACUAUACACCCAGGGUCUUCAGAAUCUGUCAACUCUAAUUUUGUUAGGUAAUCAAAAGGAAACAAAAAAUUACAUUCUGCUGUUGAACAGAGUCCUCCAUCGACUCCAUAAAGAGGGAAGUACCAGGCUAGAUUUACUGAAACAAACCAGAAAUACAUUAAUAGCAGCUCUUUGCAGGCUAACUAUAUCGAAUCAGAGGGAACUGAUGGGAACAGUAACUGCAUUGCAAGAUCUUAUUAACAUAACCAGUGAGGUCACUUCAGAAAGUGCUCUGACUAUAACAAAAAAAGUUAAAGAGAUGAUUAAACUUUUUAAAGAAUCUGGGGCAUUCAGACUGCAUGGAGAAUUAGUGAAGAAAAUAGUCUGUCUAGUUGCUGAUGUAAUGGGAGUGUCUGACAAUGGCACAAUAAAUUCAAGGAACCUAUUAUUUAAUGGUCUGGAAGUGACAACUGAGCUUUUAUUGCAAUAUGUGCAAAUCAGCAAUCAAUCACAGUUUUAUGUGAACACCAAUUUAAUGGAGCUCCAGACUUAUCAAAAUCAUGGUUUUCUGAACACAGUGCAAAGCACGCAUACUGCCAAAUUUUUCCUUCCUGAAUUUUUGGAUAAAAAGAUUACUGCAGGAACUGGUGAAAGUAAUAGUUGUAUCAUCAGCCACUUGAUCAGCUUCAAAAAAAAUCCAUACAUCUGGGGAAAAUCUCCAAUGGAGAUUAAUGGUGAUGUCGCUGACCUCACGCUGUAUAAUUGCACUAACAGAAGAAAACUUGAAGUUAAAAGCCUCAGAACACCUGUUCUAAUUGAGUUUGAAAGGAAGGACUCAAAUGAACGGUUCAAUGUGCAUGUCCUCCAUCGAACCCAUAUGAAUGUUCAUAUCUUGCCAGUGACACCAGCCAACCUACAGCAGGCUUUGCAGAUUAGAGUGAAUUUCAUCAGGCAUAACCAGGAGGUGUUUCCUGUCAUGCUUCUAGUGAGAUCAAAUAAAGAGCCAACUCCAAGUAAAUAUAACUUAAAACAAGUCCACCACUGGAAUGGAGAUGCAAUCCAAUUGUUUAUUCCUGCAACAUCACUCUUGGGUACUGGGACAUAUUAUCUUGGCCUCUUAGAUGCAAACUACAAUAGAAAGCCCAAAAAUAACUAUCUUGCCAACAAUGUAAGUUACACUCUGAGUAUCCAGUGGACUCAGUGUUUGUACUGGGAUGAUAUCAAGGAGUGGAAAUCUGAUGGCUGUUCACCCCGACAGGAAUCAGAUUCACAGAAAAUAAACUGCAGUGCAAUUUACAAAUUGGAAGUCACUGCUUCUGCAUUGAGCUUUGGCACCAGGGAUGGAGGCAGAUUUUCUCAGGGAAAUGUCCCAGGAAUUGUGCAAAUUAGGCAGGAAAGUUGCGACCACAUGACGACAUUUACAGUUGCACAUCAGUCGGUUAAGAUGAAGGAUGUCAAAUUCACAGAUAUAUUGAUAUUUAUCAGUGCUGUUGAAAACUACGUCACUUGCAUCACUGUUCUGUUUGCACUGACUUUCUACAUUCUGCUGGUUAUCUUGUGUAAGCAUAAAGAUCUCAUCCUUGAGACAAAACCUAAAGUCAUUGUAUUGCAAGACAAUGCUCCAGCUGACCAGUACCUGUAUGCAGUCAUUGUGGAGACCGGCUUCAGAACAAAGGCUGGAACCACUGCCAAGGUAUAUAUAAAACUUUAUGGAGAAGAUGGUGUUUCUGAAACUAGAGAGUUAUACCACUCUGAGAAGCAAUUAUUUGAGAGGAAUUCGAGAUACACAUUUAUACUGAGUGUUCCAGAUAACCUUGGUCCAAUUUGGAAGGUUCAUCUUUGGCACAAUAAUGGUGGUCAUUCUCCUAGCUGGUAUGUUACCUCUGUGAUUGUUAAGGACGUGCUAAAUGGCACAUGCUGGUUCUUUCCUGCUGAAUGCUGGCUUGCGGCAGAUGAAGGAGAUGGAAAGGUAGAACGAGAACUGGUCUCACUCAUCCAUGCACCUGGCUUUAAAAAACUUCUCUAUAGUAGACUAACUGAGUACCUGGAAGACUAUCACAUGUGGGGAUCAGUAUACAGUCGCCCACCCCACAGCUCUUUUACACAUACUCAACGCCUCACCAUCUGCCUUUGCCUUCUGUUGUGUUAUAUGUGUCUCAAUGCUGUGCUGACCAGCCUCAAGAAUGAGGAGUACACUGCUGAAUUGGGUCUCAUUGAUGUCUCAGCUGCCUCCUUAGUUACUGGCUUGAUUACCACUGUAGUAGUACUGCCAGUCGUAUUGUUACUAUCGUUGCUAUUCAGAUUUAGCAAGGUCAAAUUACUGCAAGAAACUUCUACUGAAGAGCAAUACAGGACCACAAGAGAAUCCAAUAUAUAUUCUAUUGAAGACAGUACAAUUGAAUCCUUCCUGUCCUGGCAGAACUUGCAGCAGUGGGCCCAGGAGGCAUGGAGAAAAAAGUAUGAGCGAGGUAUAUUGGGCUGUCAUGCUCCCAGUAUUCAUUCAGUGCACUACAGCGAUGGAAGCAAUAAGAAGGGUGGAACUUGCUCAUCUGAAGGCAGCUCAAGUGGAUUUGAGGAUUGCAGUUCACGGGAAAAUGCCAGGCCAGAACCAAAGGUCUCAAAACAUAGCUCCAGUGACCUACGAUCAGAUUAUUCAUCAGAACACAGCAGUUUGUUUGAACAACCUGUGGCAAAUAAAAGCCAGCAUUUACUCCCAUCUUGGUGCUGUUAUCUGGCGUGGAUUGUCUGCCUCUUGAUUAUCUUGGCGUGUGUGUUGAUAACAAGUAUAUUGGGACUGCGGUUUGGACCAACCAAAUCUAUACUGUGGUUACAUUCGCUGUUUUUUUCUCUCCUGUACUGUGUCUUUGUCAUCCAGCCUAUUGCAAUUUUCUGUAUGGCAGCUGUAGUCGCACUGAAAAACAAAGACUGUAUUGACUUUUACGUUGGCAACAUUGAUUCAAAUACUUCAUCAGACGUCUGCAAGCAAUGGAAUUCCGAACCUGGUUUUCUUUCAGAGAGCUGUCCCAUUGAUACCCAUUACAAUCCAUACUCUGACCCAAUGGACCUUGACAGGAUUGUGGCUGCUCGUCAAAGGGUUCGAUAUUUACGAUUAGCUCGACCACCAACUCCUGCUCAGCUAAAGGAAGCGAAAGACCGCAUGAGAAAGGAAAACCUCAUUCAACAAACAUUACAAGAAUUUGGACUUUACAUUGUUAUGCUGAUACUGCUGCUGCUGAUAACAUUUGGUAAAUUUUCCAAAGAUGAGUAUCACCUCAAUCAAGCCAUUCGAGUGGAGUUUACAAGGAAUGUGAAACAUCCUUUCAUAAAUAUGAAAACGGCUGAUGAUUGGUGGAAUUGGAGUUUUACCACCUUGUUACGUGGCCUGUAUUGGGACACUUGGUAUAACAAUGCAGCAGCCAAAACCCAGGCUGGUCCACUUCAAGGGAAGUGCCACUUGAUUGGUGCACCAUCACUGAGGAAAACCCAAGUCAGAAAUGCCUCAUAUUGCAAUAUUCCAGAAGUAUUGUCAGGACUUGUACAAGCCUGUGGAUCUCCAUACACCACAUUGAGUCACCAUUCAGAUCAAUCAAAUUCCACGAAGCCCGCAAGAGGUGAUAACUUCAGCCAAUGUGGCCAAUUCAAUUGCCUCAAAGGGAAGGGAUCGAUUAUUAACCUCGGUAGAACACGGAAUGAGGCCUAUGCGACGUUACUAGCGUUGAAGAAGACAAACUGGAUUGAUCGGUACACCAGAGCAGUCAUAGUUGAUUUCACCCUCUACAAUCCCCCUACCAACCUCUUCACAAUUGUGUCUCUGUUGGCAGAGUUGCCAACAUCAGGAGGAAUUCUUUCAUUAGUUCAAAUAGAAUCAGUCCGCAUCUACCAGGAAAAUACGCUUCUGGAUUAUUUUAUCAUGGCUUUUGAGCUUUUGUUCCUGGUCCUUAUUCUACUUCACCUGUAUUUACAGGUGUGCAGGAUGACUCAGAAAGGUAUUCUGAGUUACUGGCGAGAGCCAUGGAAUUGGCUGGAGAUUGGACUUGUCGUAAUUAGUAUCUUUUAUUAUGUGUAUUAUGUGUUCUAUUUCGUACUGGCUGUGGAUGUUAUCGACCAUCUUCAUAGUGGAUAUUUCAAAACAUUUGUGGAUAUGAGCUUCAUUUCUGCAUGGAUAAAGGUGAAGCGUUUUCUUCAUGGGUUGCUUGUGUUCCUGCUUUUAAUAAAGAGCAUCCAUUUAUUACGCGUUAACAAGAUUAUGGCACCCUGUGCAACAAUGCUGUGGCUGUCCUAUUCCAAUUUGAUGGUACCAGUGUUAUGUGGGAUUGUAGUCAUCGUGGCCUACUCCUGCCUGGGGAAUUUGCUGUUCCUUUCAGAAUCCUAUUCAUUCAGUACUGUAGUGAGAGCUUUUCAGACAUUGCUAAUGUACUUCAUGGGUACCAGUGAAAUGAGAACAUUUUCAACUCUCUACAAGUUAAACCAGCUGUCCAUUGCUGUCUAUUAUGGGACAUUCUUUUUUGCCAUGACCAUACUAUGGACUGGAUUGUUUUUAGGGAUUCUUACCUCAAUGGCAGAAGAAGCAAAGAAAUCAUCACGGAGUAAGCAUUUAGUGACGCUCACUGAUGUCGCAAAUUAUGCUCAGAAGAAGAUUAUGACUUUCACUGGAAGGAACAGACAUGCAGAGGCAGAUCAUAUUUCAACACAAGGAAAUAACUUUUAUUUGGACGAAUUUGAAAACUUGAUGGAUGAGUUGUUGUUCCGACUCAAUGCUCUGUCGAACAGUCUUCAUCACUCUCUCCCAGUAAAGCCACGUUAUCUGGAGGACAGUCCUUAUGAACUAGCUCCAGGUUAUUACUACAAUCAAGAAUCAGAGGCUCACACAUUUCAUGAAAAUCAUCUGGAGCAUAAAGUUUACAAACUUGAAGAACUAUUCAGAAACAAUCUGCAGAUAUAUGAACUCUUAAUACCAGGAAAAGAACACAGUUCUGAUUCAGACAUUGCAAAUAUCAAAAUGUUAAGGUCCAAGCUUGAAUUAGAGACCCUUCAUCAACUUCAGAUCUCCCAAGAAAAUAUGUUCCGAAUAUCUGAGAGUGCUCAAAGUGACCCUGGAUCAACCCACCCUCAGAAAAGUGCUGAUGCCGAUUCCUCUGUUCCACAGGAUGACUUCUCAUUCGCAAAUGAUAAUGCUAUAAAGACAAUCCCCUGCGGUGCUUCAGAUCCACCAGAAACAUUCGGAAAUGUGCCCGCCCAGAAUCAGCAGUCAGUAGAGUCUUUGAGUGAAGAACAUUACAAUCUGGCGAAACUGGGAGACACUCUGCCCCAUGUCUUGUGUGGAAUUAAAUGUCCAGAAAAGCAGGCGGCACAGACACGAAUGCUUGAGAGCAGACUGACUGGUCAGCAGCGUGGUUCCUCAGCCAGCACAUCAGGAAAGAAUCGUAAACAGCUUAAACGUUCACACACCACGGUUAUUCAGAUUCUUGACAACACCAAAGACUUAACAGUUCCGGCAUUUAAAGUUUCACAGCCAACUACCUGUGAUACUUCAGUAUCAUGCCUUGGAAGCCAAGUUGUCCAAUCAAACUCCACACAUCAAUCCCUGUCUCAUCAAGUCAAGGUGCCAGAAAGAGAGUCUGAAAUUCCAGAGAAUUCUACAAGUGUAGUGUGGUCUUCAAGCAACAAAGGAGAACAGGAUGAUACUGUAGAUAUGUCUAACCUUCCUGGAUCCAUAAAGCAGUGUUGGUGACUGAAUAUUUAUUACUAAAAUCAAAGGAAGCUCAUCCACUCAUUUCCUCUAUUAAUCCGAUGAAUCCUAAUUUCAAAUCUGUUCCUGAGCUUUUUUUCUAUCUUCAUAUUUAAUCAGGCACAUGAAAUACACUAAUAAAAUCAAGAGUGAAGGAAAUCUGCAAUAUUUUCCUUGAAAUUCUUCCUUGUCAGAUGAAACUACGACUGCAUUCCUCAAAAAGGGUUAAUGCGUUUGUCAAUAUAAUGUAUAAUAUGGAGCCUUGCUUCAGAAAUUAAUAUGUCAUUCUUGUUUAACAGUUCUGUGCAUUUUGGGAGCAUUUAGGAAUGAAAUAGGGAGAAAUUAGUCUUUGAUCAUUGGAGCUAAAAAGGUAUGAGAGUAUCAGCUGUUGAUUGUAUUGAAGGCUGUCGUUUCCAUUCAAAUUAAUGGGACCAAACAAGAAAAGUAACCACAACUGGUGGCUGAUACAUAGGCUCCUGUUUGGUGACAGUGAGAGAGACAAAUCAAUUUUUCUUGCUCAUUCAAUCCCAAACUAUGCACAGUAUGAUAUCAAUCCUCAGGACAAUAUCUUUUUUCCCUCUAGGACUUUGUUCUUGGAACAUUCACAGUCUUUGUCUGCAAUGGUUAACUGGAGGGAAGAAACAGAAAACAGGAGCAGACAAUCCAGCUCUUUGGGCUCUCUCCACCAUUGAAAAGCCCAUGGCUGAUUUAUUUGCCCUCCUAUUUCAUUCCCACAGAUACUUGCUAAAUGCAUCUGUUUCCUGAAAUUUUUACUUCAGCCAGAGCCUUGCAUUAUCAUGCUAAAAGAACUCACUUCUUUCCAAAUCUUUGUACUAUUUCUUGCCUCACUUUCCACUGGUCAAUUAUCAUCUCAUUCCACAUUGUUAGUUUACUCUCAAUGAAACCCUCAUCACCCUCACCAUUGCUCCACGUCAUAGCCAACAUUGCAGUGGUGUUUUACCAUUCCUGUAUUCUACCAAAGCUGACCACAAAUUAUAACCUAUCCAUCCACAUCCUUGCCCUCCUUUUGCCUACUGCCUCCAAUAGCUGACCAGAGGAUUUGAUGGGAGCUAGUGAAUCUAAAGUGAGUGUGGGAAUAGGACAUGGGAAGGAACUUUUGUGACUUCAUUAGGUGUGCUGGAAACAGACCCUACUGACUUUAUAAGGAACAUGGGAACAACGCACAGUGACAUUAAAGUGAGAAUGGGCGGCCAGAUGCAGAACCAUCAGGAUUCUGAACAAUAGGAUCAUAGAUUAUCAGAGUAUAAAAAUCCAAAUGCUUUCACGUUAAAACUGAAAACUCAAUAGGCCACAAACAACAUAAAUUCUGGCAGCAAUUUUACUACCAUUCAAUGUUUACAUAGAGUUAUGUAUAUUUCUGAAAAGAGAUUUUAAUGGAUAAGUACAAUGCAUGACUUUGUAAAGAUUAUUCAAUCAAAAACAGUGUAAAUAUCAUAUAAAUAAGGAAUUCAUACUAAAAUAUGACCAUCCAGAAUUUAGUCACAGCAAAUAUUUUAUUCAUUCUGUAAAUACUGUAGCUGACUUUAGGUGCUUUACUGUUACAUAUAAUAUGUAAACAAUGUGUAUAUAGUGGAUUGUAAAAUAUUUAUUAAACUUUCCAGUUUUGUGCUGUG